GUUCUAUGGAAAUAUUGGUAUAGGGAUAUUUUCUUUAUCUAUGACCUUUUUUUCAACUUUGUGCAUACCCUUAUCAAAAGGCAAAACUUAAAUUUUACAAUUUUUUUUAUUCAAUUUUCAUUUUUAUUAGCUUCAAUAAAAGAUAUGAAUAUCGUUCAAAGAUUUUAUAGUAGUAAACCGGUGGCCCCUAGUGGGCCAGCAAAUUGUACCGGUGGUACAUUACCAAUCGAUUUAGAAGGAAGACAUAGAUUUGUAAGGCAACGAAUUACAAAUAUGAAUGAUGAAGAAAGGGCUUUCCGUAGAAAGUUCUUGCACGACCAACAUUUGAGUCAAGAUGAACCAGUUCAUGUUCCAGAAUUGUACCAAGAAAUGUAUAAUCCUAUAAGACGCAUAUUUAAAGCCCCAAUGAAUAUAGUUGAAGGUCUAUUAGCCAAAAAAAUUGUAAGUUUAAAUUGGUUCCAUUUUUUAAAUAAACAAAUAAAUUAUUACCUAAGCUAAUUAAAUACAAAUUUUGUAUUUUGUUAAAAGGGCGAAAGAAAUGCGUUCAAUGUGAGAUUUUAUACAGGAAAAUUAACGAUGGGUAUACUUAUUUUGUAUGUUGGAACUUACUAUUUUCUUUACAACAGCAAUGUAAGUUUUAACUAAAUUUAUUACUCUUUAAAUUUGUUUUAUCAAUGUUUAAAUUACUGAAAUAAUAUGUAUUUAUACACAUAAUUACAUUAAAAAUAUGCAGUUAUAAUGGGGACAAUAUUUAAAAAUAUGUAUUUGUAGGCUUGUAUCUGACUUGUUUUGGGAAACAAUUACGCCUCUUAAAGUAAACUAAUUUUAAUAAUGAAUUUUUUUAUUAGGAAGAGGAAUAUUACUUUAAAUUUGAAAAUUUAAAAUUUUUAUCAGUUUUUUUUGAUCAGGUACAUUAUCAGACCACUGUUAUACUAGGCAUGUUUUUUCCAUAUUUUUUAUAAACCCAUAAAUUAUUUUUGUUUAAUUAUAUAUUUAGAUUUGGAAAUUAUUUUUUAACUGGAUUUCAAAUGUAGCUACCAUUUAACCAAUUUUGUACUAAAUCAAAAGUCUAAUAUGCAUUAUCUACACAAAUAUGUAAAUGUCUAUGCUUCUGAGCUUUAUUUAUCUUUGCUCUCACUUAUAUUAGUAAUGCAGUAUCAAAAUUCUAUGAUAAGCCAUCUUAUAAACUUUUAAUAUUGUUUUUUUUUAUUAUUAAUAAUAUUUGUAUAUAUUUUGAUGUAGAAUUGGGAAAGAAAAAGUGGAUGGAGAGUGCAUGAAUCACGUGCUCAAUGUGUGCCAGGUGACCCAGGAUUUCCAAGAGUGUCAGACCGAACCUUACCCAAACAUUAUGCAGACAGGGGUUUCAGCAGUUCUCCAAUUUAAUGAUGCAGACAAUUGUAUUGAUUCUUUUUUUGUUGCAAAUUAAUUGAGUUUCACAAAGUUAAAUAAAAAUGUAGAAAAUGUAUGAAUAUAAUUUAAACAUAUAUACAGAUUUAUGCUUUUAUAUUAUUACACUUAUAAUAAAAUAUUUAGUUUAAAAUAAGUAGUAUUAAUCUACCAAUAAAUUAGUCUUCAAUUGUAGUAGAAAAAUGCAAAAGAUUUGGUAAACCACCUUUGUUAAUUUUGUAAGAAUAAACCAUUAUCCUCCUUGCUAAAAAUGUUCUACUUAAAUAAUCCUGAAAAAGAUGCAUAAAAUAUAAUAUAAUAUAAUACAAUACUUCAUCCUUUUAUAAUUUUUAAAAUUGAAUGAUUGAUUAAAGAGGAAAUGAUACCAGUACGCGAGUCUUCGUCUUACAAAUGUACAACAACACUUAUGCUUACAGCAGUUAUAACUUUGUGCUAUUAUUGUUAUCAUUGUGAACUUAUCAAAACUUAAGGUAACAUUAUUCUCUGCGAAAUUGUGGAUAUUUUUUUCUUGAUAUUUUAAUUUGCAAGAGUUCACAAUAGUUAUUUUGAAAAUAUUGAAAAAUGAUAAAAAUAAAAAUUGUAUUGUAUCUCCCUCAAAAAACCCGAUUGAAAAAAAAAAAAAUGAAUGUUGAGUUUUAAAUUCCUAGUAGAGCAAAGAAGCUUAUGGUUUUACAAAGAUGUUUAUUUUUUUUUCUGUGGACAACUUUUAUACCAGAAAUUUUUCUCUAACUUUUAAUGAUAGCAAUAUUUCUGAAAGGAAAUUUCACUGGGAAGGUACUUUAGAUAGAUUGUUUUUC